GGUUCUUGUCAAGUUGUACCUGUCUGUCUCCUCCUCGCCUUCUGUCUCUUCUUUUCCUUCCCUCACACUUGUUAUGGCCCGCAGGCGCUCCCUCUAUAUCUUUCUUGCCCUGCUUGGUCUCGUUCUCUUCGGCACUGCCGUCGUCCUCUCCUCUGUCUCCUACUUUCUCGCAAUAAACAGCGCCGCCUACCUCACAGAGCGCGACGUCCCCUUCCUCGACAACACUACCCGUUGGGAUGCUUCGCAACACGGCCAAGUAGAACGCAUCCCCCGCAUCAUCCACCAGACAUGGAAGUCAGAGACCCUCCCUCCAAGGUGGAAGACCAUCUCUGAGGCUUGCCGCGAUAUGAUGCCCGACUACGAGUACAUGCUGUGGACCGACGCAAGCUCUCGCGAAUUUAUUGCUGAGCAUUACCCAUGGUUCCUCGAUACAUACGACGACUACGAGUACACCAUUCAGCGUGCCGACGUGAUUCGUUAUUUCGUCCUUCACCACUUUGGUGGCAUAUACCUUGACCUCGACGUCGGAUGCUUGCGUCCCCUCGACCCUCUGCUCGUAAAUCACGUUAUUCUCCCAAAAACAAUUCCUGUCGGCGUCUCCAACGACCUCAUGUUUGCGGAGAAGGGACACCCCUUCCUUUCCCAGACCAUCCACAACCUCGUCACCUUCGACCAUUCAUGGGUGCUCAACUAUCCCACCGUCAUGUUCUCGACGGGCCCCAUGUUCCUCUCCGCUCAGUACAGUUUAUUCACUUCUUCCAGGCCCAUCACAGUUGAAGACCCUGGUGAAGUCCGAAUCCUUCCCAAAUCACUGUACGGUAAGAAUGCCAAGCCGGAAGAAGCACCCCAUUCGUUCUUUGCGCAUUUCUACGGAAGUAGCUGGCACGCGGACGAUGCUGCUUUCAUCGGCUUUUUGGCGCACUGGGGCAAGGGUUUGAUGUGGCUGGGUCUGAUAAUCUUGGUUGUGGGCAUUUACCGGCUUGCGCUCCCAUCCAAGCAGCGCAAAAACAACCUAAGAAGGAUUGGUGGCUAUGAUGUUCUCCUUCCAAGGAUCAGUCAACGCAAUGGACGCUGGGCAGUCGACCUCCGCUGGUCCUCCUUCCCUCCGUCCGCUGCGUCCACUCAACCGCCGUCACCCACGGACUCGAUGCCUCAGUCACCAAUUGAGGACCAUGUAUCUCUUCUCCCUCUCCCGUUCGACAUGCGCUCAGCGUCUCCUGCGCCAUCCGACAUGUCAUCUUCGAUUGAUAUAUUCCCUUCCCUUAACUCACGGACCAGCUCCUCUGUGGUUGAUUCUGCUCGGCGGGUCUUUGAUCGCGCAGCCUCUUUCCUUGGCAUCUCUAGGGAAACUUUGCCCCUGUCACGUGCACCGGCACGGCCUCAUCGCCGUCAGCGAUCCCGGGGUGUUAUGUUCUUCCUCCCAGCAAUAUUCACGCAGGAGCAAGCCAUGGAACUCGGUCCCCGAAGCCCACCGCCGCAACAGGGAGGGCGCGUUCUCCCCCCAUCAUCCCAACUUCCACCCGAGAAAAUGAGGUAUGCAGCAGAUCUCGAGCGGGCAGGCCUGUAUAGAGAUGAGCCAGCUCUGCAGCCGGACGGCGCACAGAGCUCUCGCCCUCUCCUGGGGAGUCGAUCACACUCCUCGUCUUCAGCGAGUCCACUCAUUGACCUUGAGCACGAUACCCAGCGAGAUUCGUAAUACAGACGACAUACACUACUGAUACGCCUAUUAAUCCUGCUUCACCUAUUUUAUAGGACGUUCACUUAAGAUACCACUUGACCUAGGAACUUUUUUCCGUGAUAUAUAUAGUACCGUAGCGUUGGACAGACAGUUUAUUUUAUUUUCAUUGGUCCGACGACCUACAGUUUUUGCGGAACGACUUUACAGUAAACAUGUAGGCAGCAAAACAAAACAAAAUCAGGUUUAAAUUCCAUAAAUGCUGAAUGCCCUCAAUCAGAUUCGUAGCUUCGGC